GCCGCGCGCACUCCGCCGCGCGCUACCAGAGGGGAGAGAGAGCCGGCAGCAUGCGCCUGGCUCCCGGGUAGAAGAGAAGGAGCCGCGGCAGGAAGCAAAGCUUUCCCAGCGCUCCCGGGCUUGUCGUCUUCUUUGGCAACCGUCUGGACCAGCGUGCUGACCCCGGCUGGCGAUGUUACAUCUCGGGACAAGCUGACAGUAUCUCUCAGAUGAACGCCUGCUUAAAAGUAUGCCAUUUGUACCUGCUAUUCAGUCUUCUUGAAACAUGGGUGAAAAAGGCAAUGAUAAGUACAACCAAGCUAACCAAAUAUUUGAAAGUUUUGUUCAAGCCUCAACAUGCAAAGGUUCGAUUCAGGCUUUUAAUAUUCUCACUCGCCAUCUUGAAUUAGACCCUUUGGACAACAGGAACUUUUAUGCCAAACUUAAAUCAAAAGUGACCAGCUGGAAGGCCAAAGCUUUGUGGAAUAAGCUAGAUAAGAAGGCAAGCCAUAAGGACUACAAACGUGGAAAAUCUUGUACAAAUGCAAAGUGUUUGAUUGUUGGAGGUGGUCCCUGUGGCUUGCGAACUGCCAUAGAACUUGCAUUUCUUGGAGCCAAAGUUGUUGUCGUAGAAAAGCGAGAUGCUUUUUCAAGAAACAAUGUACUUCAUCUCUGGCCAUUUACGAUUCAUGAUCUUCGAAGUCUGGGAGCCAAAAAAUUUUAUGGGAAGUUUUGUGCCGGAUCUAUUGAUCACAUUA